AUGUUACAACAGCAACAACAGAAACAUGUUAUGCUAUCUUAUGAGUGGCAAGUACAAAAGUUAGUCUUAUCGAUUUAUGAUUAUCUAGUUGAAAAACAAGUACCAGUAUGGAUGGAUAUUAAAGCUGGUAUACCUUCAGAUAAUUUAUACGAAGGUAUUGCUAAGGCAGUUGAAAAUUCUUCUUGUUUCGUAUGUUUUAUGACACCGGCCUAUCAAGAAUCGGAUUUUUGUAAACAAGAACUUCAGUAUGCUAAACAAUGUAACAUACCAAUCAUACCAUUAAAGUUAGAAGAGAAUUGGAGUCCAACAAGUUGGUUAGGUAAUGGACUUUGA